CCUGCAAAAUGCAAAUAAUACCAUAGCUACUGGUUAUCAUCUUUCCCCCUUCUCUGCGCACACACAAAACACACAGUAGAGCGUUUUUCUUCUUCUGAGACUGAAAAUGGCUGCGGCGAGUGGAUCGUGUGCAUCUAUGGAGGAGUUUCUGAAUCAGUGCCAACAGUCCGGUGACGCCGCGUACAGUGCCCUCCGAUUACUCCUGGACCGUCUCGAGGAUCCGAGUACCCGAACCGAUGCCCGGAUCUUCCUCUCGGAGCUCCACAAACGCUUUGAAUCCAAAGAAGCCUCCGACCGAUGCCUCCAGACCUACCAUUUCCAAAUUCAGGACAUAUUUCUCGAACAAUACGAAGGUUUCCAGAAGAGGAAGAAACUUACGAUGAUGGUAAUACCCAGUAUCUUUAUGCCAGAGGAUUGGUCCUUCACCUUCUACGAGGGACUUAACAGACAUCCAGAUUCUAUUUUUAAAGAUAAGACGGUAGCUGAGCUUGGUUGCGGAAAUGGAUGGAUAUCCAUUGCCAUUGCAGAGAAGUGGUCACCAUCAAAGGUGUAUGGACUUGAUAUUAAUCCAAGAGCAAUAAAGAUUUCCUGGAUAAAUCUGUAUUUGAAUGCUUUGGAUGAAAAGGGUCAGCCAAUUUACGAUGGGGAGAAAAAGACUUUACUUGACAGGGUCGAAUUUUAUGAAUCUGAUUUGCUGUCCUACUGCAGAGAUAAUCAGAUUGAACUUGAGAGAAUUGUUGGAUGCAUACCACAGAUUCUUAACCCUAAUCCAGAUGCAAUGUCCAAGUUGAUUACAGAAAAUGCCAGUGAAGAAUUCUUGCAUUCUUUAAGCAACUAUUGCGCUCUCCAGGGCUUUGUUGAAGACCAAUUUGGCUUGGGACUAAUUGCGAGGGCUGUUGAAGAAGGGAUAUCUGUUCUAAAAUCUAUGGGAAUUAUGAUCUUUAACAUGGGAGGCCGUCCAGGACAGGCUGUCUGCAAACGUCUGUUUGAGCGUCGCGGUCUGCGUCUGAACAAGCUAUGGCAGACUAAAGUUCUUCAGGCCGCUGAUACAGAUAUUUCAGCAUUAGUUGAAAUAGAAAAAAAUAGUCCACACCGUUUUGAGUUCUUCAUGGGUCUUGUUGGAGACCAGCCUAUUUGUGCCCGAACAGCAUGGGCAUAUGCCAAAGCUGGUGGUCGCAUUUCUCAUGCUUUAUCAGUAUUCAGUUGUCAACUCCGCCAACCUAAUCAGGUGAAAUCGAUUUUUGAGUUUCUCAGAAAUGGAUUCGAUGACAUCAGCAGCUCUUUGGAUUUGUACUUUGAAGAUGACUCUGUUGCGGAUGAGAAGAUCCCGUUCCUAGCUUAUCUUGCUAAUGUCUUGAAAGAACUUUCAUUUUUCCCAUACGAACCACCAGCAGGAAGCAGACGAUUUCGUAGUCUCAUCUCAAGAUUUAUGAGAACAUACCAUCAUGUUCCAAUUACUGCAGAUAAUGUUGUUGUGUUUCCUUCGAGGACAGUGGCUAUAGAAAGUGCUUUACGUCUGUUGUCUCCACGACUCGCCAUUGUUGAUGAGCAAUUGUCUCGACAUCUACCAAGGCAAUGGCUAACAUCCCUAAACAUUGAGAAGACAGAAAGUGGAAAAGAUUUCGAGGAAGUAAUCACAGUCAUUGAAGCUCCACGUCAGUCAGAUUUGUUGGUAGAGCUGAUUAAGAAAUUGGAACCGGAGGUAGUAGUCACCGGGAUGGCUCAAUUUGAGUCGGUCACUAGUUCCUCAUUUGAGCAUCUCCUGGAUGUCACGAGAGAAAUUGGAUGUCGAUUGUUUUUAGAUGUAUCAGACCACUUUGAGCUCUCUAGCCUUCCGAGUUCCAACGGAGUCUUUAAAUAUCUUGCUGGAAAUGCUCUUCCUCCACACGCUGCUAUUGUAUGCGGCUUACUGAAAAAUCAGGUUUAUUCAGAUUUGGAAGUGGCAUUUGUGAUAUCAGAGGAGGCGGCAAUGUUUAAAUCAUUAUGCAAGACUGUCGAACUUCUACAAGGAAAUACUUCCAUAAUUAGUCAGUACUAUUAUGGUUGUCUUUUCCAUGAGCUUCUAGCUUUUCAGCUUGCUGAUCGACAUCCACCUGCCCAGAGAAAUGGUGCGAAGAAAAAAGCUUCAGAGGCGAAUGGCUUUUCCAACCCCACAAUCAACGUACUUGAUAACGCUGAGUUGGCAGUGAUUGAAUCCGAAGAAUCUCCCUUGGUACACAUGGAUGUUGACCAGAGCUUUUUGCCCAUAACUACACCCGUAAAAGCUUCCAUCUUCGAGAGUUUCGCUAGGCAGAACAUAACAGAACCCGAAACUGAUGUCACACACGGCAUUAGACAGUUGAUUAGCAACAGUUACGGCUUUCCAUCUGCCGCAAACACUGAAGUCAUAUAUGCAGACUGUGCAGUGGCACUUUUCAGUAAGUUGGUACUUUGCUGCGUCCAAGAGGGCGGAACACUCUGCUUUCCAACUGGCUCAAACGGAAAUUAUUCAUCCGCCGCAAAAUUUCUGAACGCAAAAAUUGCAAUUAUUCCAACCAAUCAAGAAGUAGGAUAUAAAUUGACAGAGAAAACACUUGCAGCCUCACUCGAGACUAUCAAGAAACCAUGGGUAUACAUUUCUGGUCCAACUAUCAAUCCCACUGGAUUGAUAUACAGUAACGAAGAGAUCAAUAAAUUAUUAUCCGUAUGUGCCAAGUUUGGAGCGAGGGUGAUUCUUGAUACUUCAUUCUCGGGGGCGGAAUUUAACUCCAAGGGCAGUGACAGCUGGAAUGUGGGACCCACACUGGAGAAACUUUCCUCUGCUGAUUCGGGCUUUUGUGUAUCUCUUCUUGGGGGAUUAUUCUCUAAGAUGCUGACAGGUGGGAUUAAUUUCGGGUUUCUUCUGAUUAACCAGGCUUCUCUGUUGGAAACAUUCCAUAGCUUCGAGGGAUUAAGUAAACCUCAUAGCACUAUUAAGUACACGGUUAAGAAACUGCUGGAUCUUAGAGAGCAGAAAAGAGAGGAUUUAUUGAGUGCUAUUUCGGAGCAGACAGAGAUUGUGGGAAGUCGAUACAAACAAUUGAAGCAGACACUGGAAACUUGUGGGUGGGAGGUACUCGAAGCUCAAGCAGGUGUAUCGAUUCUAGCAAAGCCAACUGCCUAUCUUGGCAAGACAAUGAAAGUAAACAAUCAGGAAAUUAAACUCAUCGACUCGAGUAUAAGGGAAGUCAUGCUUAAGAGCACCGGUUUGUGCAUCAACAGUCCUUCUUGGACCGGAAUCCCUGGUUACUGCCGUUUCACCAUGGCCUUGGAAGACGGUGAGUUCAAGCGUGCGUUGCAUUGCAUUUCUAAGUUCAAGAAGUUAUUCGAGUUAAACUGAAAACACCACUUCUUCUUAAUUUUCUUUAAUUUGUCUUCACAACUUUGGUGUUGUGAAUAAAUUUGGCCCGGAGUUGCUUAAUAGUGACGCUGCUCUUUUUAAUCGCCACAAACUCGAUUUCUAUGUUUUCUGGAGACCUUACUUGGCCUAGAUUGAUAUCAAAUAAAAAUUUUGUUGCUCUUUUUUUU